ACCGGCUCUCUGUGCCUGCUCUCUUGUGACGCUGCCUUCCCUUACAUCAGGCACCAGCUGAUAACCAGGAGGGCUUGGCCGUGCGUAUGUCCUUCAGUCAGCAAGCGCCUCUCUUCCUCUCCCAAGGCCAGCCGGUAACUUUAAGCCUGCUAACAGUAUCCAGCCGGGGAGGUCAGCAGGCUCAGGUGGCUGUUGGCCUGUACUUCGGCAGGCAAGCCGCCCUGUUAGAAGAUGGAAUGUAAAUUAAAGAAACGAGUGGAUAAAGGGUUCCAGGAAGGGAACCAGCAACCUCUGCAGCCUGAGAAGGUGGGCUGGGUCCGAAAAUUCUGUGGGAAAGGCAUUUUUCGGGAGAUUUGGAAGAAUCGUUUUGUGGUCCUGAAGGGUGACCAACUGUAUAUCUCGGAGAAGGAGCUCAAAGAUGAGAAAAACAUCCAGGAAGUGUUUGAUCUGAAUGAUUAUGAGAAGUGUGAGGAGCUCAGAAAGUCCAAAAGCAGAAGCAAAAAAAACUAUAGCAAGUUCUCGCUCGCCCAUUCCAAGGAGCCUGGCAACACAGCACCAAAUCUCGUCUUCCUGGCCGUGAGCCCCGAAGAAAAGGAAUCUUGGAUCAACGUGCUCAACUCUGCAAUAAUCCGGGCCAAAAACCGCAUCUUGGAUGAGGUGACCGUGGAAGAGGAAAGCUUUCUCGCUCAUCCAACCCGCAACAGAGCAAAGAUACAGCACUCCAGGCGGCCUCCGACAAGAGGUCACUUGAUGGCUGUGGCAUCUACCUCAACGUCUGAUGGGAUGCUGACACUGGACUUGAUUCAGGAGGAGGAUGCCUCCCCAGAAGACCAUGACGCCUGUGAGAAGAGUUUCCGAGUGGACUUGGACAAACCAGUUGCCCAUUUCACCCCUGGCCGAAGGCGCUCAGAUUCAGAGAACGUCAAGAACCUGGACAAGAGCAAGACAAACAGCCUCCCGCGGAGGAAGGAUGUGUCUGGGGAGAAGUUCUCACCUCACAGUGAGGCCUUUGACAAAGGGACCAUGUAUACUCCUCAGGUCCCCAAGAAGCUCUCUCACUUGGAGAAGAACAAAUGUGCCUCUAUGGAAGAAAUCCUCUCCUGCUGGGACUCUUCCUCGGCUCGCCAGAUGUUGGUGAGGACCGGCCUAAAGGACCGAAGGGCUUCCCCUGAGCCUGAGCAGCUGGUCAGGAUACAGGAGCUGGUGGCGCUGCAGCUGGAGAAGACACAGGAGCUGCUGACGGAGGUGAGGGGCUACGGGGAAGAGCCGCGAAAGGCACAGGAGCUUGGCUCUGCGUCGGCGGCGGCCCCCGCCUGUCCCUCGUCCUCUCCCAAGCUGGACUCAGAGGCCACCUUGCAGGAGAUACAGAGGCUGCUGGGCGAGGCCUCCUCCAACUGGAGCCAAGCCCAGAAAGUGCUGCAGGAGGUCAGAGAACUGAGAAGCCUCUAUCAACACCUGGAACUGCAGCUCUCAGGACCUAAAUCCAAACAGAGCGUGCUGCCUCAGUACAGGAGGAGUAUGAUGUGAAGGCAAGCGGUGGGGCAAUCUAUAGGGAAGACAGGGCACAGGGCAGCUAGGAAGAGGGUGUAGGAGUUGAGGAGUAUAUGCUUUGUUGGAAUCUAUAGCAUUUGAUGCUUACCAGGUUCCUGCUGUUACUCGAUCCAUACUCCUCACAAACUCAGUUUUUUCUUCCCUCCCCCCCACCUUUAAAUGUCACUCAUUCCUCUCUUCCAGCUUCAAGGAAGCCCAUUUCAUUACAUUCUUUGUGUCUAUAUCCUUUCUCCCCCAAAGUGCAGCAAAUUACAGGUAACAUUUUGCAACGUAUUUUUUCAAAAGUGGCAUGGUGCUGUUUCUGGCCAUUUGGGCCCCAUGAUUUUCAGAGAGCCCCUCUCCAAGAACAACCCCUGGUUUCUAAAUAGUAAUCAGCGAAGUCCUCCAGUCCAAAUGCCACGUGAGUGUUCCACGCUCCCAAAUACCAGGAGACACAGGUUGCGCCUCAGGCUCCGGGGGGUACGUUGCCUCCCUCCUGUGUCCCCUUGGGUCCUCUGUGGCUGCUCUGCCACUCAGAGGGCCUAUUUCCCUGCUUGGGUCCAAGCCCAGAUUCUGUCAUAAAGGCAACAUGGCCACCUUAAACUAUGCAGAAAACUAUGUUCAUGUCCAUGAUGCAGUCACGGGAGCAGGAGCCCACGCUACCAGAAACCAAGCGACCCGGUUUUGCUUAAGCUCAAGACGGGUUCUUGGCUGGAACUGGGGAAGCAGUUUCUGAAGAGGCUGCCCUUGAUUCAAGGCAGUUCUUGUCCACAGGCUUAAGUACCUCAUAAAAUUUCCCUGAAGUUCUUGGUAGGUAUUCCAUGUCAUUAUAGUGUCAUUUUGAUACAUCUCCCGUUGCUUUCCUCAGCCCUUCUUCUUACCAUCAGACGUAGCUAUGAGUAGCAAUGUACACAAUGUGCUCAGAAAGCAGAAUUGUGGGUCAUGGAGUUCUGCUUGGAAAAGUACAUGUCGGCAGAGCUUACGACGUUAGGUGUUCAUUCGUCUUCAGGCACGCGUCUUAUUUUUUCAGUGCGACGGGAGAAUAGUAGUCUGAAGCAUUUCAAGAUCACACGUGCCAAUCCACCUCUCCUUCAGGAGCAAAUCCUUGAUUUCUUUGACUGGCCCCAAGCAUUUUGCUGCCUAAGGUAGAGCACGGAUGGCAUCUUGUCCCCUUGGAGUUGAAUCUCGUUUCAGUUUUGGUGACAGGAGAGCGUCUUCUGUGGCGUCCGAAGAGAUGGCUCUGAUGGUUCUGUAUCCUCCAUCAACCACUGCCUCACCGCAUCUAAUAGCAGGGCUGGUCCUCUUUUGUUUCCUUUUUCCAUCUCGGAUACUGAAACACAGUGGAUAUCGUGUUGGACAGGAGGAACUCAACAGUAAGUGUCCGUUGAGUGUGGCCAUUGUUUUCUGUGUACUGGCAACGCUGUUCACCUGCUCAGAAUUUACUGGUGGUUGGAAGGGCUCUCAGGUUCAAGUCAGAGCCAUCUGUUCACUUGUGCCUCUUGCUCUUCCUGUGUUCAGAGAAACCGCAGAAAGGUGGGUUAAGGGUUGUAGGAUUGCUACAGGCAGCAGGAUCUCACAGUGGGAAGUGCUUCCCCAUUACAGAUUGUGCCAUGCUCCCCUUGCUGUGGUCAUUGCUCACUGCUUAAGAAGGUAGAAUGGGGAAAGCGAUCGCCCCGGGUCUCUCAGAUGGCCUUGGUCCUCAAUAUUGCUGGCUCAGCUGAGAGUUGGGAAGUGAACACUGGACACAGAUUGUAUCUCAGGUACCUUCAUAUCCUUGCUGAUGAUCCCCACUCUGCACUUUGCUAAGCAGAACAACCUGGGUUUCCCACUGUUGCAACUGGGAACAGGAAUUUGUGUUUCCGUGGGUGGUGCUUUCUGCUCCGGCUUAGAGGGAGGAAUGCCCACACGAGUCUUCCAGAAUCAUCCCUCCAGAAAGGGAAUUGGAAAUUGCUGCUUUUUUACCUCUGCCCCACAGUGAGAUUUUGCAAUCAGCCUGAGGUGCCCUCGUUUCCCUUUUCUUAAGAGUUUGAGAAAUUAAUUUGCCCUUAUCUUCUUUUUCCAAACUUAUGACUACUUAUGACCUUUUGGGGAGGAACUUGCCUGUGUUUGUUUUACAUCCCCUUGAGUUGUCUUAGCGAGUGGCCGUGUCCAGAAGUCAGCCGCGCUCCAGCGUCUUCCUCCCUCUGCCCCGGUUCUCCCACAGGCUUGGCUAAUCUGUUGGAUGAGUCUGGAGCGGAUAACACUGUAUUGCAGAUUAAGCAAGGGAAAGCUUGCUGUCAAUCCCACAUGUGGGAUUACAGGCGAAAACCCAAUUAUGGGGUGAGAAUGGCGUGUGUCUGGGUAAACUUGCCAGUCGGAGAAGUGCUGGUGUUUCUUGGAUUACUUGCUAAUUAAAUAAACUGGGAGAUUGCGGAUUGAGGUGGCUGCAUCCUGGCUGGUAGCUGCAGUGCUGUGGAGGGAGCGUUGGCGCUUUACGGGGCACCGCCCAAGUGUGAAGAGAUGACAUGGAUCUCCAAAGGCCCGUCAAGACUAGAGCCAAAGUUGGUCUUCCUGCUUCCUAUUACAUUUCAUGCCUGCCUGGCCAAAAGAGUGGCUCACCCGAUACUGAUGAAUCAGCUUGGGAAGGGCCAACUUUGGGACUGGGAGCUGAUGGGAAAGAGAUGGGAAGCCGCCUCCCCGGAUGGCUCGUGAUCCCCCCACCCCUUCGGGAAGGCCCAGCUCUGGGUUGCUUCGCAGAGGGGCGGCUCCGAGAACAGGGCGCAAGCCUCUGCCCCUUGCCCGCCGGAGCCUCACCUUCCCCUCUGUGUCUGAACAGGGACACCGCUACCCCCUCCCCAGACCUCUUCAGGAGAGCAAGAGUCCAACGAGGUCCUUUUCUGGGGUCGGGACGAGGAAAUCAGUAGCUAGGUUUGCAGAUGAUGCUAAGCUGGGGCUUGUUUUGACAACAAUUUGUUGAAUACAUUACAGGGGCUGGUUUCACGCAAACCGUGGCUGACACAUCCACGGGCAUCCUAAGGACUAUUUCGAGGCCCAAAGAAGUCAAGUAGACAACCCUGCAGCUGAAAUCAGAGGUUUCUCUACUAGGCGACCAAACUCAAGCUCUCUUGCAGUGGAGGGUGGGCGGUUCUUGGUCACUUAGUGGUUUGCUGGGGCUUUGUUACAGUUUUUUAAAUUUCACUUCCUAUAGCUUGAGAUUUCCUGCCGCUCUCCCUUCUGAGUACUAACUGGAUGCAACCCGGUAAAACUUUUCAAAAUCAGCCAAGGUCGGCCAAACCAAAGCAAACCGUCGGCAAGCUGUUACUGCUCGUGCGGCCAAGGAUGGUGUCGCCGUCACGGACACUCAGCCAGAUCCCGUAACCUGUAAAAGGAGGCAUGCGAAGCCCGGAUUAGCACGUGCCUCAAUCAAAUUAAAAAGGUACAAGAAACUUGUAGGCUGGUUAGCUAGGGCAAUAGAAAAACGUGCGUGCAAAUAAAUAAAUAAAUAGCU